GGUUUUAACAGCUGCUUAUGUCAUUGUUGUACCAAUGGUAGACUACCUGCUCACAUGUUCAUUUUUAUUUUGUGAGCAGGUCCAUUUUGUAACCAUUGGAGUUGCUCUAAGCGGUGAUCUUCACUUUGCAGUCCUUCGUUUUUAAAAGUUUGUGUUUUUUGUUACUUUAACUAACAUAAUUAUUUUCAUUUCAUGAGAUUGUUCUUUUUUUUUGCAUUUGUUGAAAGUUAUUCUUUUCCCGGAUAUAUAUAGCCUGUACCAUUUUUGUUGGUCUCUGUAGUUUGCUUUUACUGAGUACUGACUCCUUCCAUUUUCUCUGUUUAUCUCAGGGGAUCAAGGGUUUCUGAAUUCAUAUUAUGCUGGAUUUGCUGAUGCGCUAUCCUAACUUAUCACAAGAAGAGUUGAAGUCUAGACCUGUUCCUGAAAUGGAGCGUCUUUCUACUCUCUAUAAUGCUGAUGUUGGUCUGUACAUGCUUGCUAAUAAGUGGAUGGUAGACGAGAAAGAACUUCGUGUUAUUCAUUAUACCCUCGGUCCCCUAAAACCAUGGGAUUGGUGGACAGCUCUGCUGGUGAAACCUGUUGAUCUCUGGCAGCAUACAAAGCAAGGUCCUAUAAUAAGGCAGGAAUUCAUCGUGGGACCGUAUGAGACACUUUGUUGUCAGCUUAAGAACAGGUGUUGUGCUUCCUUUUGCUGCAGGCUCUCCUUCAUCAGCCAUGAACUCCAACCAGCAGCUCUACUGUGGUUUGCUAUCCAAAGUACCUUGGUUUCUUGGAGGAAUAUCUCUGUGUGUCUUCUUACUGUUGUUAUCUCUCUUGGAUUGGCUCUUCUAAUUGUCCCACUGCAAGUGCUUCCUUGGACCAGAUUGCUACUUAUGUAUGAGUGGACUUUUACCAUCUUCUUCCUACUCUUUGGAGGUAAUCAGCGACAUGCGACUUCUUACAAUACUGCGGUGCUGUAUUAUGGAUUGGGAAUGGCUUUUCUAGCAAUUGCAGUACCAUCAUUGCCUUUUCUUUGUGGAAUUAUUGCUUUGUUUGUGAGGUUUUCAAAUCUCCAAGGGAGGGGCCCUUUACCAAAGAGGAGUUGCAUGAAGUUCGAGAAAAGUGGGCUACUUACUUCAACGAUAGUGAACUACCCUCAGUGUAAAUAGAGCAGGCUUGUAGUUAUCCGUGACUCUUACAUUACUUUUAUUGAUUUAAUUACAUUUGAAUUAAUUCGGUAAUAUCAUUGUAAAUUUGAAAUUUAUAUCAUUUUUGAGGAAUGUCAAGCUGAUGUUUGGUGAAACAGUAUUCUAUAAAUUAUAAUGCAGAAU